GCGCUCGCCGUACGCCGCCCACCGCCGCCGGAACAAAAGGGGCGGCUGCAUGGUGGCGGCGGAGCGCCCGGCCGCGCCCGCCUCGCUCCGCUCCGCGCCCCGCUCCGCUCCCCUCCGCCGCCACCACCGCCACCGUUACCACCAUGUCGGGCAACGGCGGCAGCAGCAGCGGCGCUACGGCGGUGAAGAAGAGGAGCCCGGCGGGCUCGGCCUCCUCGCUGGCGCAGGAGGAGGAGAAGCAAGCGAUGGAGAAGAUGCUGGAGGCGGCGGCGGCGGGCGGCGGGGCGCAGGAGAACGGCUGUGCCCGCUCGCCUUCCCCUUGCGCCUCCGCCGAGGGCGAGGGGGUGACCCUGCAGCGCAACAUCACGCUGCUCAACGGCGUGGCCAUCAUCGUGGGCACCAUCAUCGGUUCCGGCAUCUUCGUCACCCCCACCGGCGUGCUGAGGGAGGCCGGCUCGCCGGGGUUGUCGUUGGUGGUGUGGGCCGUCUGCGGGGCCUUCUCCAUCGUGGGUGCCCUCUGCUACGCUGAGCUGGGCACCACCAUCACCAAGUCCGGCGGGGACUACGCCUACAUGCUGGAGGUCUACGGUUCCCUGCCCGCCUUCCUCAAGCUCUGGAUAGAGCUGCUCAUCAUCCGGCCUUCCUCGCAGUACAUCGUGGCUCUGGUCUUCGCCACCUACCUGCUCAAGCCCAUCUUCCCCACCUGCCCGGUGCCUGAUGAUGCUGCCAAGCUGGUGGCCUGUCUCUGUGUCCGUAAGUAUCCCGCAGACCAUCUUCCAGGUGCCCACGUGGCUGGAAGGCUCACCAUCGCCUUCCCUGAAAAGUCAGCCCAGCCAGCCAGCCACCCCUCGCUUUGUGGGAGGCACACCAUCCUGUGCUGA